AAUUUUAAAAUUCAGUCUCAGCGCCAUCUAUACAAAAACGGCUCAAACUACUUGACAACUUACCGACUACGGUAGUUGCUUCCGCUACUUUCCGAUAGAUGGCGCUAUUAUCGUCUCUGAAAUAUUGAAUCACGAUGUCAAUGGCUUUAGAUUCUAUUAUAUACCUUACUCUUGUAGCACUUUUAUGGGGUAUAACCAAUCCAUUUAUUAAAAGAGGAGCUAAAGGGUUAGAAAAUGUGAAAUCAUCUUCUAAAUUUGGUCAAUUUUUUAAGGAGCUUGGAUUUCUUAUUACACAGUUAAAGUACAUUAUACCAUUUAUCAUCAACCAAGGAGGCUCUUUAUUAUAUUUUUUAAGUUUAAGUAAUGCAGAUAUAUCCCUGGCUGUACCAGUCACUAAUUCUCUUACAUUUGUGAUAACUGCAAUAACUGGUUGGUUCUUAGGUGAAGAAAAAAUACACCGAAAUAUGUACAUGGGGAUGAUAUUGAUAUUAAUUGGAACAGUUCUUUGUUGUUGGGAUAAAAUGGAUAAAACUGUUCAGAUUUAGUGUUUUAACAUUUAAAGUGUGAUUGAAAUAUUUAAAAACCAAUUUCUAUGAAACAUAAUAUUAUUACUGAUUAAGUAUUAACUAAAAAUUAAUAGAUAAUCAAUAACAUUUUAGUUACUACUGUUAAUAAUAAUUAUUUAAAAAACAAAGUGU